AUGAAGGUCGUUAUCUGUGGCGCCGGACCAGUAGGUGCCCUUGCAGCUCUUUAUGCUGCUAGAAAUGGCUACGAAGUCGAGCUCAUAGAGAUGAGGGGAGAUGUAAGAAGUAUAGAUAAAGAAUCCGCAAAACAAAUCGGAAAAUCCAUCAACAUCACGAUGUCCGACCGCGGUUUCGAGGCUGUAAAGGACAGCGGCGAUGAAAACUUGGUACAAGAAAUAUUGCGUUGCACAGUUCCUGUGCAAGCUCGAGAGGUUCACGAAAGGACUGUCCUAGGGACCGUAAAGGUCACAGAGGUGCCUUACAGCGCAGAUGGCAAGGUACUGAGAGUCGUCAGUCGGGAAUAUCUCCGAAAUCUUCUCUUAGACCGAGUCUUGCACAUGCCCAAUGUCAAGGUAACGUUUGGUCGCAAGCUUAUUCAUGCCGAUCUGGAAAACAAAGUCGCUGUUUUUGCCGAUGCGAACCUGAGCGACGCCUAUAGUGGCGGCAGCAAGUUUGACCGUAUAUCUUUUGAUUUACUCAUUGGCGCUGACGGCGCUCACUCCGCUGUUCGCCAUCAUCUUGCUAGGUACCGCAACAUCGACAUCGACCAACGGUGGCUCGAUAACUGCUGGUGCGAAUUCCAAAUCAAUCAAGCUGACGAAGGUCGACCACGAAUCAAUCUCGAUAAGCUUCACGUAUGGCCCAAAGCUGAAACCAUGUUCUUGGCGCUCCCAAACCCUGAUGGUACAUUCACAUGCAAUCUCUUUGCUACUGCCAGUACUUUUGAGACACUGAGGAGUGAGAAAUCAAACAUCAUCAACUUCUUUGAAGAGAACUUCCCUGGCAUUAUCCCUGAUCUCAUGACGCCCGAAGAGCUUAAGACCCAGUUCCACAGCACAAAGACUGCCAUCCUUCAUGAGAUGCGGGUGUCACCUAUUAACUACAAGAACUGCUGCGUCCUCGUCGGUGAUGCUGCUCACACGAUGGUUCCUUUCUAUGGCCAGGGAUUGAACACCGGACUUGAAGAUGUUCGGGUCCUCUUCCGAAACUUCCUCAGCCGGGCGCCUGAGAAAGAGGUUUUGGCCAAGCUACCCGCCCUUCUAGACUCUUACAGCGAGUACCGACAACCUGACGUGUCUGUAAUGACAUCGCUGGCUUUGAAAAACUACACAGAGAUGAGGCUGUCUCAAAAGUCGACGCUGAAAUACUUGCGCAGGAAAGUUGAGGAGACACUACAAGCCAGGUUACCCAGUGCUGGCUGGGCUACACUCUAUUCACGCGUCGCAUUUUCGUCUGAAAGGUUUACCGCGAUCCAGGACAAAGACACUCGGCAGAGCAAAAUACUGGCGUGGCUGCUUUACGGAUCGACAGCUUUGAUAUGCGGUCUAGUCGCACCAACCGCCAUGUUCAACUGGCAGUCUUAG